AGUAUUAACCACAUUAUUUAUGUGACUAUCAGCAGGGAUAUUUUACAAUGAGGGUACAGAUACUGUUCAGACUUGUCAUGGUGACGUAUACAGUCGUUCUACAGUCCACCCGGAGUUACUGCACAAUCGAGACACUACGACCAUCAUCAAGGGGUAAGAUACAGCCUCUGUUUCUGAAUAUGACGUACCACGAGGAGACGAGAAUCACCACGUACUACGGACGCUUUGCUGGCCCUUCCGAUUUAGUGACCGAUUCCGUGGGAACGUUACUGAAAGUUUCCGAUGGAAUGGUAUCUUCAGAAUUCGAGAUAAUCGCAGAGUUCUCAGUGGAUGACAACUAUCGCCGUUUUAUUCUGCGAUCAGAAUCUGCAUCAGAAACAUUGAAGAUUGUAUUAAACAGACACUCAGAAAACAAUGUUCAGACUACGUUCGGCGGAACAAAGUGCGUGUUUGAGGUAAAGAGGUCAAGGGAAAACUACAUAGAAGAAUAUUCCUCCAGACUGAAGAGCUCUGGUCUGGAUGCUGAUUAUAAUAUUUACGAAUAUUUCGGAGGCGACAUCAACAAAGACGGCAAUGUUGAAAGCUUAACUGAUCUCUCAGAAUCCCAAAUAAAGGAUAUUGGGAGAUAUCUGAACAUUACACACAACUACGCAACGAGUCACCAGCUGUCCAACAUUAUUAUAAACAAACUCGCAAUGGUGAAGGACAACGUUCAGUUCAGUUCUCUCUAUUUUGAUGUUUUUGCUGUGGGUUUUAAACCGCAAGGUCGUCACGAUAUAGCUGAGGGAGUCAUGUGGAGAUAUACUAUUAUCAAAACUAUGUGAAUUGCAUGAUGUUCGUUAUGCAGAUUUUAAAAAAAAUAAAUAUUUACAUGCAUAAUUGC